AGUUUGAGAAGAGCUGUCUUGGCGUUAGGUUGUUACAAUGAGUUCCGAAAUAAAAGUUGGUGAUUUAGUAUGGGCAAAAAUGAAAACUUUUGCGCCUUGGCCUGCUCGGGUUGUCCAGCCGGGUCCAAAUACACCGAGCAAAACAGGAAAGAAAGACAUGCACUGGGUGUAUUUUUUUGGGAGCAAAAAUUAUGCAUGGAUAGAGAGUAGUAACAUAAAGCCUUAUGAAGAGUAUAAGGACAAGUUUAUUUCAUCUAACAAAUCAAGCAAUACAAAUCCCUUCAAGAAGUCCAUUGUCGAAAUUGAAGAGUUCAGAGAAAAAUUAGCAGAAGAUCCAAAUUAUGAACUACCUCUCCCCGAAAAUAAGACUCCUUCGAAGGAAAAAGACUCUGAGGACCCGGACAAGAAAUUCAAUAAGCUUUUGUCACCUAAGAAAUCAGUAAAGAAGUCACCCAAAACAUUGAAAAUUUCAAAGACUAUAUUUAAUAAAAAAGGAUCAGGAAGCGAGACACCUGCACAGAAACGUAGGAGCAUCGAAGAUGCUUCUGGACCAUCCACGUCGAAGAAAUCUAGAAGAUCGUCGCCCCGUCUCGAAGAAAACGGAAUUCGAGAAUACUCUAAAAGUGUACAUGAUCCCAUUAAAGAUCGUCAUUAUGUUGGACUGGAGAUUUUAAACAGGCAGUCGCUAAUAGAUGAACCCGCAGAAGACAGCGAGUUGGAUUUAGGAUCGCAAUCAGAACUGUUGUUGACGAAAAAUAUCAAUCCAUCAACAAAGAGGUUCGGAUUUAUUGGAUUAGGCACCAUGGGCACCGGUAUCGUAAAGAACCUAAUUAACUCUGGCCAUAAAGUUAAUUUAUACAACAGAUCCACGAAAAAAUCUGAAGAAUUCAAAGCACAAGCAGACGCCGACGUAAAUAAAUCUGGAUUGGUUAAUACGUUCAUUACCCCCUGCGAUGUCAUGCAAAAUUCUGAUAUCGUUUUCAGUUGUGUAAGCGAUCCUUCGAACGCGAAAGAGAACGUAGUGGGUAACUGCGGUAUAACAAAAGCUGCCGAUUACCUAGAAGGAAAAGGAUAUGUGGAGAUGACUAGUAUUAAUCCAAAAACUUCAGAAGAUUUAUGUGAAAUAAUUAGAAGUAAAGGGGGCAGGUAUUUAGAGGCUCAAGUACAAGGGUCCAAAACAGAAGCGGACGAGGGUAGUUUAGUAGUUUUGACCGCUGGGGACCAGACCCUGUUUUUAGACUGCCAGUCAUGUUUUAAAGCAAUGGGUAAAACUUCAUUUUACCUUGGAGCGGCUGGAAGUGCAGCUAAAGCUAGCCUUAUCUUACAGAUCGUUAAAGGCGUUAGUUUAGUUGGAAUGGCUGAAGCAUUAGGCUUGGCAGAUCGAUGUGGUAUAUCCACUAAAGAUGUACUCAAAAUAUUUAAUCUCACCGACCUCUCAUCCGUUUAUUUGUCCACUAAGGCGGAACUCAUGAUGACUAAAGGUUACGAUAAACAAGUUCAUCAAGCCCUUAAACACAUGCAGACUAACUUGCGGUUGGCGUUAGAUAUGUCAGACGAUUUGAAACAACCACUGCUGAUGACCUCCACCGCUAACGAAGUUUACAAACAUGCCAGAAGGUUGGGCUGCGACGAUCGUGAUGUAUCUUGUGUCUACAUCAGGACAAAGCUCUAGAUGAUGUUUCAUUAUUCACAUAUUUUUAUAGUUUACAUUGUUUUGUAUAUCAUGUUUUGUAUGGAAGGUUUUUGUAACAGAACAACCUUGAUUUAAUGUUUUAAAAUAAUUUUAAAAUUAAUUGGAAUGCGGUUACACCCCUGAAGUAAUUAUUUUAUGUAUAAGACGUGGAAAACUGUGUUUUCUAAAAUUUCCAUUUAGUUUAUUAAGCUAUGGCACCUUCCUGAAGUUUUUUUGAUUUCUUUACACAAUUACAAGCAUUGCAGCAAGCAAACUGAAAAGAAUUCGACGCCACUUCAAAUUAAACUUUUCAUGGAGAGAACCCUAUGAGACAAAUAUGUGUAUAAUUUUUAUUAAAUGAUUCAGAGAAGGUAAGAAGGUCUGUCAAAAUAAACUUAUCUUACUUAACUUAGAUAUUGUCGAUUGCGCAAUAUGUAUGCUAUUCACUCUUUGUAACUGCUCACGAUGUAGCGUCGUAUAAUAUUUUUUAGAAAUUUCCAUUGUAUUGGGUUUUUCUCUUCACACCACACACUACAAGUUUUUUGUUAUUUUUAGUAGUAAGUUUUUUUAGGUUGAUAUUUUAACGUUCUGUUAGGUCAUAUGUUUUAAUUCAUUCUUUCCAUGUGUCCGGACCGUAUGAUUUGUCAACUUAUUUAUCGAUGAUAAGUCUCUAGUCUCCGUUUCAUACAUGCACACAUUAUUCCUGCUCUUUUAUUCUGUUUCAAUAUAUUUUUUUAAAUUUUUGUUGUUAAUUUGCUAAUAUUCUGAGUUUUAUACGUUCUAUAGUGGAUCUACAUAUUGCUAAUUAUGUUGAAAUUAAUAAAGUAUUGUAUUUGG